CGAGAUAUAAGGGUGGCCCUGCUUCGAUCGUACACAUUUUUUCCAUUUCUCCUCUUAUUGGGAAGCCUUAACAGUAUCUCCUUCCGACUUUUUUGAAACCACUUUUUUUCGAUGUUCACGUGUUCGUUAAAUUGCCCCUAAGGGUAACUUCUCUUUUGUGAUGAUCUAAGUUUAAUCAGAAAAGGAGAGUAAACUUAAUGGGAAUGAAAACUCUUGCGCGAAGUAAAGCAGUUUAGCAAAAGGUUUACUUUUGUGUUGCCCCUUUUUUUUUUAGCUGCUCUCUGCGGAUAUAAUCUGAAGGACAACAUGAAAGAUCCUCUCGAGUAUAUCAACAAAAUAAACUUCAACACAAACCGGUUUCCGCAGUAUACCCAUUUGAUAGAAAGUUGCCCCUCGCAACAUGAAAAGGAAAAGGUUAUCCGGAUAUGCCGUUGCUGGCAGUCAGCGAAGUUUCCCUACUGUGACGACACGCAUAAGAUCCUCAUGGAAAACGGAGAUGAUGUAGGGCCGUUUGUAGCCAAACUGUCCAGCUACAAAUUAUCAGAAGAAGAUAAACUGAAGCAGCAAAAGUAUAAUGAGAAAUAUAUAAAAAUAAACAACAAAUUGUCAUCUGAUAAGUCUUCUAUGUCCAUUUUGAAAUUUAAUUAUAAGCCAUAUGUGAGCAACAAAUUCAGGAAAUCUCUCAUGCUGUCUGCUGUGGUUUUGACUUCAGCCUUAUUGUAUGAUAAGAAGGAGAGGUUGAUUGGCCUUUACUCGGCGCAGUGAAGCGAAGGAGGACAAUUUUUUAAAAUAUCAUUCCGUGGAACGU